GCGUGAGCUACAGGUUAAUUUCGAUUUCGUUUCCUUUCACGACGUCUCUCGUGACGCACGUGCCAGCGUUCCGACGGAGCAUGUCUCCCUCAACUUGCUUUCCGCGGUUCGAUUCGAUUCUUUUCAAUAUGGAUCGAUGUAGAAAGCGAUAGCGAAGAAAGUUACGAAGACGACGAGAUCCCGAGCCAUGAAACGGAAAGGACGGAAAGGACGCAAAGGAUCGCCGAAAGAACAAACCGGUUCAGGCGUCGGAGACGAGGACGGCGAUGGCAACGGCGACGGCGUUGGUGAUGUCGAAGAUAUCAGAGAGAGAAUGAUAAAGGACAUGCAGGAAGAGAUUCGGCUGGAACAGUACAAUCAAAGGCAGACGGUGCAGCUGGAAGCGCUGCAGUUGGAAAAGUGUGAAACACAAUUGAAGGUGACACGAGCAAUUCUUGCUCGUCAUUGGUUCUCUUACACGAACAACGUUCAUAUUCUACAGUUGGAGGAAAAUUGGGCCAGAUACAUGACUUGCGAUGGUCUUCCGGAUCCUGGAUCGUUGUCCGACAUGAACACGUUCUUAUUCGUUUGGUCGAUCGAGAACGAGGACGCGGGCAUGGAUACGAUUGUGAAAAAGUGCGACAUUAUCACCGAUCUGAUGUCCAAGUUGGAAAGAAUCAUACGUUCUUCCGCCAACGAUGCCGCCUCGAAAGAGUACCAGCAGUACAACGACGAACGCGAAUCGAUCGCCCGAGAAUUCUGGAGAAAACUCCAGUUGUGGAUAGAUCUCGCGUGCUACCGAUUGCUGCGAAACAUCGAGGCCAAUAUGACAAAAGAGGAUAUGAAAAUCACCAGGUAUGUUCGCGUGUCGAACAAAAUGGUGUGCUGUGUUUGGGCCCCGAUAACGUUACCCGUGGGAACCAAACGGAUUACGGAGAAGGAAAGCGACGUCUAUUUGAACAGUAAGCCGAUCGAGGUGGCGUUCGAGGAGAUGAAGUUGACGAUCAAAAUGCCGGCUGAUGUCGAUUGUCAUCGUAAGGCGAUUCGUGGACUCUGGCUGGCUUACGAUCAUUACUCGGUUGAGACGAGUUCGUGUCGAAUGCCGGACCUCCCGGAGGAAUUACGCGGUCCAUGGGAUUGUUCUCUCGACCUCCUCGAGUUCACGAGGAGAGAAUACCAAGAGAAACUUCGAAUAUGGGAGGAACAAGCGGAAGACCGACGACUUCGAUUGGAAGAAAAGAAAGCUAUACUUGAAAGAAUGGAGAACCCACCGGCUCCGCCCAGUGUUCAGAGAAGAGGAAGACGUGGCAAGAAAUCGAAAAGGGAGCAGUCCGCAAAAGGUCAUUUAUCCGAAUUUGAGCAAAUGUUGGAGACAUUUUUACCCGCAGAAACGGAGCUGUUACCCUAUUUGCCGACGCCGAACGAGAUCGUUCGGCGAAGAGAAGAGGAGCUUAAAAAAGAGAUUCGCAAGAUGUUGUUUACCCGUUGCGAAAAAACUGAGGUCAAUUUGCGAAAGUAUAGAAUACUCGGGGGUGUGUUUCGCGUGGAUCUUAUUCAUCAACCACCGCAGCCGAAGGAUCUUGGAAAAGACACCAGUUUGACCACUCUCGAAUUGCCGAAAGAACCGCGAUUCGUGGCAUUCUCGAGACGUUACGAGCCACCGCAACCAGCACCGGAUUCCGAGAGGACGCCCGAGGUAAUCGAGGCGGAGAUGAAAGCUCUAGAGACCGCGAUGGAAUCGCUUCUGCUGGUUACCGUACAGUUGCCCGAUUCGGUUUUCUGGUUCGAGCCUCCGUUGGUCGCCCAUUGGAUACCGGAGAAACAGAUUUGGUCGACCAAAGACAUCCACGAUAUUAAAUACAACGAGGAAAAACAGACGAUCGCGUUUAGAAGCGGGAAAUUGGGCAUGCAUGGUCUAGCCGCUUACAAGCUCGCCAACCUGCCGUAUCAGAGCUGGGAAUUGAAACCGGAAAUGGGAACAAGCGGUCGGGAGUAUGCAGGUGUUGUUCUCAAUCUAACCGCUGCCACGAUUCAGGCUGAAUUCGUGGUCAGAGAGGAUCGAGUCUGUCUGAAUUCGUUCGUCGGUGGCUCGUCGACACCGCUCAAGGGGAUACUCGGUGAAUACGUCGAGUUGGAAACUCUGAUAGAGCGAAUGCAACGGAUCGGAUGCGAUCUCUUUCCGGAACAGGAUGCCAUCAGCUACCUGAAAGGGCUUGCGACCAAGCAUCCGAUCGCGGAGAAGCAUUUGCGCGAAUGCAUGGCACUAUUGUCGACCGGCUACACCUUUGCCUGGUCUCGAUGGAACGCGACCCGAAACUUUUGGGAGAUCGUGUUACAAUUCAAAGAGAUGCACGGUUGCGUAGCCAAAGAGCGUACGAAUCUGUCGCUUCUGGUAACGCCUUGGCGAACAAUGCGGAUACGCUGCACCGAAGUCAGCUCGGAAUUUUCCGAUUUACCUCUCGACGACGAAGAUAACAAGUUCUACGCCGAUCUGUAUCAGUUGGCGGUAAACACUGCUGGUAUCAAGACUCGACUUUUAAUCGAACGAGUACCGUUCAAAUUGGUAUCGACGGUUGCUCGACUCCUUGAGCGUACAAACGUUAUCGACAUGUCGUCUUGACUUCCGACGAUUGAAACGAAACACUGAACUCUGUUUUCCAAAUGAAAUUCUUUUUAUUCGAAUA